AAACAAAGUUCACGCAUGCGUGAAACGGUGCGCGUGCGCACUGCAAAUCAAACAAGGGACGCGGAUCUGGUAGUGACAAGAAGCUGAUACCAGACCAGGACGGAGAGAUCUGUUAUAUUGACCUGCUGCUGUGAUCGAAUCCUGGCAUGAUGUCAUGCACACUGGAGAAGGUGUUGGUUGAUGCUCGAACCCUGUUGGAGCGGCUGAAAGAGCAUGACAUGGCAGCGGAGGGCCUGAUUGAACAGUCAGGGACGCUGAGUCAGAAGGUUCAGAGUAUGAGGGAAGUGGGUAGUGGGCUUCCUGACAAGCAUCCAGAGGACAGUGUACAGCUGAAGGAACUGUCUAAGUACAAACCGCAUAUCCUGCUCACUCAGGAGAACACUCAGAUCAAGGAGCUGCAGCAGGAGAAUAGAGAGCUGUGGCUGUCACUAGAGGAGCACCAGUAUGCACUGGAACUGAUAAUGGGUCACUACCGCAAGCAGAUGCUGCAGCUGAUUGCCGGCCACAAAGAACUUGACACAAGGCCCAUCCUUAGCCUGCACCAGGACCAUGCUAAGGAGGUGCAGGGCCAAUUGGAGCGAAUCUGUGAGAUGGGUCAGGUGAUGCGGCAAGCGGUGCAGGUGGACAACCAGCACUAUUGCACAGUGCGGGAAAGACUGGCCCAGUUGGAGAUCGAAAACAGGGAGCUUAGGGAGCUCCUAGCCAUUAGCAAAAACUCCCUAAGGCCAACCAGAGAAGAUGUGCCUCAUGAGCUGGAGCCGGGGCCUGUUGCAGAAGCCCAGGUAGAAAGCGACCCAGACAGCAGAAUGCUACAGCACUGAGCAAGCAACGGCGACCUGUUUUGCUCUCUGUGCACCUCAGGUUUAGCUCAAUUAUGGCUGAUUUUUUUUUAAUGUCUUAUUUCUGUUCAGUAGCUACUAAUUAAAGGUAUAAGACUGCAGGUUUAAUGUCCACUAGCCAUCCAAGAGCCGCAUUUUUCUGCCCACUAAGUGGCACGUGCCCAACAAAGAGGCCGGAGAUGACCAGUUCACUUGGAAUUAUUUUCACUUUUAUUGUAACAGUACUGUAACAGUCACUAUCUCUCCCUUUCUGGUUUGUCUUGUUAAUUUCUUUUAAAUACUUUGUCAUCAGUCAUUUUCUUCCAGGCUGUGAAACUUAAAAUAUCAAAUACUAGUUGUUCCCAUUUUAAUGAGUUUUUGACUAGAAAAAUAAGACAGUUGGUUCUAGGAAUCCUGUGUCAGCCUUUGUGUAGAUCAUCUAACAUUGUUCUGUAAUACGUGUUCUUACUAUAUUGUGUGUAGGAGUCCCUCAAAAGCUGUAUGAAUGAUAUAUUCAUGUUGGAGUGUUUGGUCUGAUAGUAGCUUAAAGCUUUAAUUAUUUUCUCCCUGUUAUUGAGGUAGUCUGUAGAAGUGUCUUAUAUAAGUAUGCUCUAGAUUUUGCCUCCCCUUGUCAAUGCACUCUACCCUAAAAUAUGGAGUCUUUAAGCAGUCAGACACCACAGCUUUGUAAAUAAGCCAGACAAUGCUGGAUAACAUUGUUCUGUCAGUCAGGUUUUCUGUUCAUUGAACAUUGCUUAAUUGGUGUAGGUAUAAUGCAGAUGACGUAAUAUAAAAAGUUAUGUACGGAAUAUCCUUCACAUAUUAACUAUAUUUUUCAUGUCAGAAUUGUACCCAACAAAGAUUUAUUUUUGCUUUUCGCAUGCACCAUUUGUUGAGUUUGUAAAUAAUUUAUAGGGCAGCACUAUGAUCAAACUCAAAAGUGAUGCACCAAGGACUGUGUGUGUUGCUGGUGUCGCCCACAGAUGUCAUUUGGGAUUCUUUAUUAAAGUGCAUUUGGUUGCUCUUUCAUAAAAA